UGGCCUAUGAUUCAGACAGGAUAAAUGAAACUCUUUGCUAAAAUCCAAUAUAAAGCUGCUACAAGUUUCACACGUAAUGUACAUGUGAAGUUGAGUGAAACUCCCAUCAACUACUCCUCUGGUUUUAAGCAAACAAAGCUAGUGCGGCAAGAUUUAUAUUUGCAGGGGAAACACCGGGAAGAAAGCGCAGCUUGGCUUCUCUGAUACUGGAAGUUUCAGGAAGAAAGCACAAACUGGUUCUUUUGAUACUUCUUCGCAAUGGGAUCACAAGUAGGAGAAGGUACCAUGAUUGGAAAUGGGGUUGUUGGAAUUCUUUCCGAGUCUACAAACAAGUGGGAAAGAAGAGUUCCCUUAACUCCAUCUCACUGCGCUCGGCUUCUACAUGGUGGCAAGGGUCAAACUGGAGUUGCCCGCAUAAUUGUGCAGCCAUCCACAAAGCGAAUCCACCAUGAUGCUCUCUAUGAAGAUGUUGGUUGUGAGGUUUCUGAAGACUUGUCAGAUUGUGGACUUAUCUUGGGUAUCAAACAACCUAAGUUGGAGAUGAUUCUUCCUAAUAGAGCUUAUGCAUUCUUUUCCCAUACUCACAAGGCACAGAAAGAAAAUAUGCCUUUGUUGGAUAAGAUUUUAGCUGAAAGGGCAUCAUUGUAUGAUUAUGAACUAAUGGUUGGUGACCACGGUAAAAGAUUGCUCGCUUUUGGAAAAUUUGCUGGUAGAGCUGGAAUGAUUGAGUUGUUGAGUGGAUUAGGACAACGGUAUCUUAAUCUUGGAUAUUCGACACCUUUACUAUCACUGGGUGCAUCUUACAUGUAUUCAUCUCUGGCUGCUGCUAAGGCUGCAGUAAUCUCAGUGGGUGAAGAGAUAGCAACUAAAGGACUUCCAUCCGGAAUUUGUCCCCUAGUUUUUGUGUUUACUGGUUCAGGAAAUGUUUCCAGUGGUGCCCAAGAGAUUUUUAAGCUUCUGCCUCACACUUUCGUGGAUCCGAAAAGACUUCCACAACUAUUUGCAGAGGAGAGGGAUGUUACUCAAUCAGCAAGAGCGUCAAAACGCAUUUUCCAUGUAUACGGUUGUGUAGUGACUGCUGCAGACAUUGUAGUACCCAGAGAUAGUAAUAAAAACUUCGACAAGGCUGAUUACUAUGCACAUCCGGAGCAAUACAUGCCAGUUUUCCAUGAAACAAUAGCCCCAUAUGCAUCUGUUAUAGUUAAUUGCAUGUACUGGGAAAGCAGAUUUCCUCGGUUGUUGAGUACAAAACAGCUGCAAGAUCUGAUGAAGGAAGGGUGUCCUCUUAUUGGAAUUUCUGACAUAACUUGUGAUAUUGGAGGCUCAAUAGAGUUUGUGAACCAAAAUACAUCUAUCGACUCACCUUUUUUCAGAUACAAUCCCUUUAAAAAUUCGUACCAUCGUGACAUGGAGGGUACGGGUGUGAUAUGUUCAGCAGUCGACAUUCUUCCGACUGAGUUUGCAAAAGAGGCUUCUCAGCAUUUUGGAGAUAUCCUAUCCAAAUUUAUUGGAAGCUUGGCUUAUACAGAUGACAUCAACAAGCUACCAGCACACUUGUAUAGGUCUUGUAUAGUACAUGGAGGAGAACUUACUUCGUUGUAUGAAUAUAUUCCACGGAUGCGAAAGUCGAAUCUAGAAAAUCUACCAGAUAUUCUCAAAGAAUCUAAUUCUACUAAAAGUAAAUACACUAGAUUGGUAUCUUUAAGUGGUCAUUUGUUCGAUACAUUUAAGAUAAACGGGGCUUUAGAUAUUAUUGAAGAUGCCGGUGGCUCCUUUCACUUGGUCAAGUGUCAAGUUGGUCAAAGUGCAGAUGCUAUGUCUUAUUCAGAGCUUGAAGUUGGUGCAGAUAAUAUUGAACUUUUAGAUAACAUUAUUGAUUCAUUGACCUCGAUAGCUAAUCCAAGUGAAGAUGACGAAGUUGUAACAAAAAAUACAAACAUGGUGUCACUGAAAUUCGGUUCCUUCCAGAAUGGUGAUGUUAAACUGUCUGAUAAUGGAGGAAAGAGUGCUGUUCUGAUUUUAGGUGCAGGUAGGGUCUGUCAACCUGCUACCGAACUCUUAGCUACAAUUGGAAGCACUACAUCUCAUCAGUGGUUGAAAUCAUGUAUCACUUCUGACUACUGUGAGAAAAACCAUGUUCAUGUAAUCGUAGCAUCACUAUACAUGAAGGACGCUGAAGAGAUUACUAAGGGUAUUCCAAAUGCGACACCUGCUCAGAUUAAUGUGAUGGAUGAUGAAAGUCUCUGCAACUAUGUGUCACAGGUUGACGUUGUCAUCAGUUUACUGCCUCCUAGUUUCCACACUACAAUAGCAAAAGCAUGCAUCAAGCUGAAGAAACAUUUGGUUACUGCUAGCUAUGUCGAUGAUUCCAUGUCAGAGUUAGAUGAGCCUGCCAAAGAUGCUGGUAUAACAAUUCUUGGUGAAAUGGGGUUGGACCCUGGAAUAGAUCAUAUGCUGGCAAUGAAGAUGAUUGAUGAAGCACAUGCGAGAGGAGGGAAAAUUACGUCCUUUACUUCUUACUGUGGUGGUCUCCCAUCUCCAGAGGCAGCCAAUAACCCAUUAGCUUACAAAUUCAGCUGGAGUCCGGCAGGAGCUAUACGAGCUGGCCGCAAUCCAGCUACCUAUAAACUUCGUGAUGAAGUAGUGCAUGUCAAUGGUGAUGAUCUUUAUGAUUCAGCUACAAGAUUCCGUAUACCUGAUCUUCCAGCUUUUGCUUUAGAGUGCCUCCCAAAUCGCAACUCUCUAGUAUACGGAGACUUAUAUGGCAUAGGAAAUGAAGCAUUAACCAUCUUCCGUGGAACCCUUCGUUAUGAAGGUUUUGGUGAAAUAAUGGGCACAAUGGCAAGAAUAGGUUUCUUUGAUGCUCAAGUGCAUCCAAUUCUUGAAAACGGGAAAAAACCCACAUAUAAGAGCUUCUUACUUGAACUUCUUAAAGAUGAUGGAAAGAACUUGAUAGGCACUACACAUAUAGAGGAGGCCAUUGCAGAGAGAAUCAUUUCACUGGGGCUUUGCAAAGAGCGCGGAACUGCAGCAAGGACAGCCAAAACCAUCAUAUUUUUGGGGCUUAAUGAGCCGGAGGAAAUUCCUGCAUCCUGCCAAAGUGCAUUUGAUGUCACUUGCUUCCGCAUGGAGGAGAGACUGGUCUACUCAAGCACAGAAAGGGAUAUGGUGAUCUUGCACCAUGAAGUAGAGAUAGAUUUUCCAGAUGGCCAAGCUACAGAAAAGCAAAGGGCAACUUUGUUAGAUUAUGGGAGGAUUAAAAAUGGAAGAACCACCACAUCCAUGGCACUUACUGUUGGAAUUCCAGCUGCAAUUGGAGCUUUGCUUCUACUCGCAAAGAAGAUUAAAACAACUGGCAUCUUAAGGCCCAUUUGUCAAGAAGUUUAUGAGCCAGCUCUCGAACAUCUACGAGCCUAUGGGUUUAAGUUGCAGGAGGAGACGGAGUAACUUGAAUCACUCUGGCUAGCUUUAAGUUGCCGGGGGAGAUGGCGCAACACUGCAACUCGCAUUGUACUACAGAUUUAGCAAUCAGAGUGUUAAUAGAUAUGUCAAUUGAAUUUCAGUUAUGAUCAUUGUAAAUAAACUUUCCAGGACUGGCACAGAGACUCUUGUUGUAAUAAAGUAUAAGCUUGUUGCUCCAGAUUAAA